GCGGAUAUCGCCUGACUAAAUUCCACUACAUUACGUUAACAAUUGCAUUAACCCACGGUGAAAGAAUUAUAAAAACACGGUUUGUUUGUUUGGUUUUUGUUGUUGUUUUGUUUGGGUUUUUUUUGCCAUUUUGGCUCUUCCCGAACACAAAACACAUAGUAUAAAAACAAUAUAAUACUAUUCAAAAAUAAAUGUUAUCCGUUAUCCCGUCUGCAACUUUUGUCCCGGAGAGACUAAACUUAAAUUGAUGUCGGCGCUAGCUAGAAUGCUAGCAUUUUGGUAUAGGCUAACUUACCACAAACUUUGCUCUCAUGACACUUUGAGGUGUUUUAGCGCUAGUUCUACACUUUGCUGUAAAAUAACCUUAUCGUCAACAAAAAAAAAAAAAAAAAAAAAAAAACGUGGUCCGUUCCACUUUUCGCCACGAUUGACACCGGUUAGUCAUAAAGUCUUCUCUAGGGAUGACGUUGUGUUCACGGACCGUGAUCCUGGCUCGGACAUAUACACAUUCCCGCUCCCUUCUUGAUCCCACUUUGGAAUGCGCAAAUAAAAAGUGGAGUAUGUAUAGCGUAAAGAGGACCUACGUACUGUACCUCCAACUACAUUCAUUUCAGUUUGACUCAUUAUGAUGACGUAAAACACAAAUAAAAAACAAACAUAACAUCUAAUUUUUUUAUCAAGUUAUUUGUAUUUGUGUAUAGAUUGAUAAAAUCUCUGAUCCCUCCAUUUAUGUCUGAGCUUCUUCAGUACAAUCAUUUGUAAUAAAAGUGAUCAAGGAUUUAUUUGUAGUAUAUAGUUGGUUUUUUUUUUUUAUGAAGAUUCCAUCAUUAUUUUUGAAUUUGCUCUACGGAAUCUAAAUCAGUCUGAUAAGUAAUCGCCCUGAAAUUUACCAAAUAAAUGGAGUGAACAGUAGUGGUAUGUGUCUUCACAGACUUAUUGUCUGUAUUUAAGAUGAAUACUUGUGUAGAAGGAAGAGCAGGAUCACCAGUACCGAGCUGUGUGUCCGCUAUAAGUGACCGGUCCAAAGAGGAACCAUUAAGCUUCGGGAAAGAACCUAGACCAUCCCACAAAGAAGGUCAGAACUACAGAUCAGUGUCACCAGUACCGAGCUGUGUGUCUGCUAUGAGUGACCGGUCCAAAGAGGAACCCUUAAGCUUCGGGAAAGAACCAUGGCCAUCCCACAAAGAAGGUCAGAACUACAGAUCAGUGUCACCAGUACCGAGCUGUGUGUCUGCUAUGAGUGACCGGUCCAAAAAGGAACCAUUAAGCUUCGGGAAAGAACCUAGACCAUCCCACAAAAAAGACAGGGUUGGUGUCUCUGUGGACCAGCAGGUGUCCCGCUGCACUUUGGCUCAGGAUGACUUCAAGGAUCUCUGCUCAUCCUGCCAACAGUCUAAUACACUGGACUCCUCUUGUUCCCAGUGUGGAUGCAGAUCCAGAACAGGACCUUGGGCACCGGCAUUCGAUUUUGGUCUCCAGGAGGUUUUAGAUGAGCAUAAGUGCAGUCUGAAGAGUCGAUGCGAAAGUGUGACUGAAGGAGCCGACGAAAGAGAGAGCAAAACCUGCCUCAAGAGGAUCUUCACCGAGCUCUUCAUCACAGAGAGACAGAGUGAAGAAAUCAACCCGCAGCAUGAGGUGUGGCAGCUGGAGGCGACGUUCCAAACCAGGAUUUUCGAUGACACGCCCAUCAAGUGCUCCGACAUCUUCAAAGCCCUAACUGACCAGCAGGGGAACAUUAGAGUUGUCCUGACAAACGGUGUCGCUGGCGUUGGCAAAACGUUCUUGGUGCACAAGUUCGCUCUGGACUGGGCGGAGGGUUCCGAGAACCAAGACGUCGGUCUUCUUUGUUUGCUGUCCUUCAGAGAGCUGAACCUGAUCAGGGAUCGGCCGUACAGUCUCCUCAAACUGCUCCACGAUUUCCAUCCAACAUUACAGAAAAUGACAGCGGGGAAACUUGCCAUCUGCAAAUGUUUAUUCAUCUUCGAUGGUCUGGAUGAAAGCGCGCUCUCGUUGGACUUCGUCGAUAACCAGGUCGUGGAGGAUGUCGAACAAACGGCGUCUGUCAGUGUGCUGCUGACAAACCUCAUCCGAGGAAACCUGCUUCCCUCCGCUCUCGUCUGGAUCACCACCAGACCUGCGGCAGCCAAUCAGAUCUCACGCACAUGCACAUGCGUGGACAGGGUGACGGAGGUACGAGGGUUCACCGAUGUCCAUAAGGAGAUGUACUUCAGGAAAAGAUUUGGAGAUAAAGAGCCCGCCGGAACAAUCAUCUCACACAUCCGAGCAGCAAGGAGUCUCUACAUCAUGUGUCAAAUCCCGGUCUUCUGCUGGAUCACUGCCACAGUUCUGGAGCACAUGUUGACCUCAGAGCAGAGGGAAGAGCUUCCCAAGACCCUUACGGACAUGUAUUCAUACUUCCUGCAGAUACAGAUAAGAAGAAUGAAGAACAAGUACCGUCCAAUGGGUUCACCAGAGCUGCAGGAGGCCGACAGGGACCUUCUCCUGAAGCUGGGGAGGCUGGCCUUUGAACAUUUGCAGAAGGGACGAAUCAUGUUCUACCAGAGAGACCUCGAAGAGUGUGGUUUAAAUGUAACCGAUGCUUCCAUUUACUCUGGGAUUUGUACCGCCAUUUUCAAAAGAGAGAGCGUUAUCUUCGAAAACACGGUCUACUGCUUCGUCCAUUUGAGCGUCCAGGAGUUUCUGGCUGCGGUCUACAUGUUCCACUGCACUGUUGAGCAGAAGACCGAGAUACUGGAGAACUUCCUGGGUGAAGAAUUUGAACCCUGGGAUCCGAGACGAAACACCAAAGUUAGUGUCUUCUCACUGAAUGAAGUCCUAAGACGAACCACCAUGAAAUCCCUCGAAAGUAAAUCUGGUCACCUGGAUCUGUUUGUUCGCUUCCUUUAUGGCCUAUGUCUGGAAUCGAACCAGAGAUUUUUACUGGGCCUAGUGGGUCAGAAAAAGAACAGUCCAGAAAUCUUCGAGACUAUAAUACAAGACCUGAAAAAAACGGAGGCCUACCUUUGCUCGCCUGACAGAAGUGUCAACAUGGUCCACUGUUUGACGGAGAUGAACGACCAAUCCGUGCACGCGGACAUCCAGAGGUUCUUAAAGUCGAAGCAAAAGUCAAAGAAGAUAAACUCCGAAAUCCACUGCUCGGCUCUGGCUUACGCACUGCAGAUGUCAGAAGAGAUCCUGGAUGAGUUCAACCCAAAAAGGUACACAACGACAGAGGAAGGACAACGGAGACUGAUCCCUGCUGUGAGGAAGUGCAGGAAGGCUCUACUUCGGGGUCUACGACUCUCAGAGACUCACUGUGAAGUUGUAGCCACUGCUCUGAAGUCCCACCCAUCAUACCUGAGAGGACUUACAAUGGAUUUGAACCAAAUAAAAGACUCGGGAGUGAAGAUGCUGUGUUCAGGACUGGAGAGUCAGAACUGUAGACUGGAGAGUCUGUCGUUACACGACUGCAAGUUUACAGGGAUUGGCUGUUCCUAUUUGGCCUCAGCUCUUUCAAGCAAUCCUUUCUACCUGAGAGAGUUGAACCUUAUUCACAACAAACUACAGGAUUCUGGAGUCCAGGAGCUGUGUCGCUACCUGCAGUUACCGCACUGUCAACUGCAGACUUUAUUGAUGAGGAUUUGUAGUUUGUCAGAGUUGAGCUGCUCUGCUCUGGCCUCAGCUCUGAGAUCCAAUCCGUCCCAUUUGAGAACGCUGGAUCUCGGAAGUAACGAGCUCCAGGAUUCAGGAGUCCAAGAGUUGUGCGGUUAUCUGCAGAGUCCUGACUGUCGACUGGAGACUUUAGGGUUGAAUAGCUGCAGUUUGUCCGAGGUCAGCUGUUCAUCUCUGGCUACAGCUCUUAAAUCCAACCCCUCCUAUCUGAGGAUGCUGCUCUUGGGAGGAAACAACCUUCAGGAAUCAGCGGUUAAGACGUUGUCUGAACUGAGAGAGAGUCCAGACUACAGACUGGAGACUCUGAAAUUGUAAUAACGAACUUCAGAGGGAAGACUCCACACUUCCAGGUGAAUCCAUAUCGUAUACUGUGAGAGAUGUUGCGAAGAAUUCUGUACCUGGACACUGUUCUUCGACAAACAUCGAACCAAGAUUGAUUUCCGGGGUUGGUUUUUGAUGCAAGGCUGCCAUCUUUUGGUAGAAGUUGGUAUUGUUUUGUAGCUCCACUGCUACAGUAGCACUGGAUAUGCAACCUAUCUUUGUUUUACUUUACUUGAUUGACAGUAUUAACCACUGAUCCUUAGCCGCGUUUUAGUCACGUAGUAGUAGACACCUAGCGGCAGAGCUAAUUUCCUUCCAACGUUGCAGCAGUUGAGCCAUUUCCAUUGUUCUACUCAAGGGGGUUCACAAACGUUUCCAUGCCAAGGGCCCCCAACAGCAUGUUACUGGCAAAACCACAGACAACACCACAAAAUAUAGGAAGCUCA